ACAGGAGGCGUGGCUGUGGGAUAAUAAAACCAGGUCAAACACAAAAACAUGCAACCUACAGCCGAAGUAGACAAUAAAAUGCAACAUUGCGGCUCUUUUUGCUGAGACAGAGCGCGAGGGCAGAGCGCGUGCAGGGUCCAGGGGUCUGAGGGCGAACGGGACGAACCGACUGAUCCUACUGACAACAAGCUACAACACAGCAUGGCAAUUAAUAAGUCCAAAGUAGCUGUGGGAUUCAUAGUGGCAGGUGGUCUUGCGGUGUUUUUCGGGGUGGUGCUGUCUUUUGUGGGACCACUUAUUAUUGAUGAUCAGAUAGUGAAGAACACUGUGAUUGAUCCAAACAAUGAAAUGACUUACACUAUGUGGAAGGACAUUCCUGUGCCUUUCUUUAUGUCUGUCUACUUUUUCAAUGUGCUUAAUCCUAAAGAAAUAUUAAAAGGAGAAAAACCAAUGUUGGAACAGCGUGGACCAUAUGUGUACAGAAAACACUGUCAGAAGGACAACAUCACAUUUCACCCAAAUAACACGGUGUCAUACAGAGAGUACCGGCAGUACUACUUUGAGCCUGACAUGUCCAUAGGCAAUGAGUCUGACAUUAUCACCAUCCCUAAUAUGCUGGUCCUGGGCGCUGCUGUAAUGUUGGAAGAUCUGCCUUAUCCUGUGCGUUUAAUGAUCAGUACAACAUUUAAAACAUUUAAAGAAGGCCCUUUUCUAACAAAGACAGUUGAGGAGCUAAUGUGGGGUUAUGACAGCAAACUGGUAGAGUUUCUUAAUAAAUACCUGCCAGGCAUGUUGCCUUCCACUGGGAAAUUUGGCCUCUUUGCAGAGUUUAACAACUCCAACACUGGCCUCUUCACAAUUUUUACUGGACAAGACGACAUCAAAAAUGUCCACAGAGUUGAUUCCUGGAAUGGCAUGACUGAGUUAAACUACUGGCGCACACCUCAGUGCAACAUGAUUAACGGCACAGCGGGACAAAUGUGGCCUCCAUUUAUGACCAAAGAAACCACUUUGCCUUUCUACAGUCCUGAUGCCUGCAGAUCAAUGGAACUUGUUUACCAGCGCCCGGGUCACAUGAAGGGGAUCCCUUAUUAUAGAUAUGUUGCACCACCUACUCUUUUUGCUAAUGGGGCAGACUAUGAACCCAAUGAAGGAUUUUGCCCAUGCAGACAAUCUGGUCUGCUCAACGUCAGCAGCUGUCGCCACAAUUCUCCCAUGUUCAUCUCCCACCCUCACUUCUUUAAUGCAGACCCCGUGCUGCUGGAUUUUGUGCAGGGGCUGGCUCCCACUGAGGAGGAGCAUGGUCUCUUCAUCGACAUUCACCCGGACACAGGAGUACCUCUAAAUGUUUCCAUUCGCCUCCAGUUGAAUCUUUACAUGAAGACAGUGCCAGGAAUUACUGAAACCGGCAAGAUUUCAGAGGUGGUGAUGCCAAUACUUUGGUUUGCAGAGAGUGGUUAUAUUGACGGCCCCAUCCUGAACACAUUCCACACAAAUCUGGUGAUUCUGCCUGCUGUUAUGGAAUACAUGCAGUAUGGAUUCAUCGCCCUUGGUCUUCUAACUAUAGUGAUUUCCAUCCUGGUGCUGUGGAGACAAAAGAAGUUUCAGGACAGUGGAUCAGCAUUUAACACAACCACAGUAGUGGAGAAUCCCUCGGCAACACAAAAUGAGCCAAUAAAGAGCUCACACGAGGUGGAGAAAAAUAAACUUAAAAACUCAGAGAAGUAAACUCACUGCUGCUGCCUCAGAUAGAAACCAAAGCAUUUCAACAGAUGAGAAAACGCCUCUACUUCAGGAAAAGGACUAGGACACAAUGCAGGUCCUGUGUACCUGCAGACAAACUUCCACUGUAAUGGACCGAUCUUCAGGACUGCCACUUUGUCCUUCAAGUUUUCAAGCUUCUCACAAUUAUCAUAGAUUUAAGGUUGAUGACACUCUUAAGACAAUGGCUACAUGAGUUGAGACCAACAGUUGCAGUACUUUUUACAGUGUAAAAAACUUCACCUUGUCGCUUAACUAUACAAGCAGGUUCAUAAGUGUUAUGUAUUUAUUACCAAACUGGGAUCACUGUGAACAAAAUACCACUUGUUUAGGAGUAGUAGUUUACUUUUAUUGGAUUUAUAUAAAUAUGAAUGCUUCUCUAUCAACAACAAGGGAACUUGUAUUUUAUUGCCAAAGAGCCUUGAACAUGUGUAACUACCUUCAAUUUGUUGUUUGUGUUUUCAGAAGAAGCAAAUGAUGUUAUUAGCAUACUGUACUUAACAAUGUAAACUGUCUGUAAAACUGUAAAUAUAUUUGACAUUGACUCUACAGUGCCUUAUUGUUAAAGUAAAUUUAUGACUGACUAUGUACUGCUAUACUUUUAGUGCACAGACAAUGUGUGCGCUGAAAUGUCCACUAAUGAAAACAAAAUACAUUGUAAAAAUC